AUGGUCCACGGCGUCGACAUACUAAUCCCAGGCGAAGUCUUUUGGUGCGACCAUUCUGCACGGUUGAAAGAGUGUGGUUAUGAGCUCCGGCGGCGCUUCCAGCCUGACUGGGCCCCUUCAUGGAUAGGCGCCAAGAAGGACUCCGGUAUUUACAUGGACGCAAAGGAUACUUCCACCGGACAAAUUGUUGCGAUGAAAAUUAUCGUACACGAAGACUCACCAGACGAAUUGGCCAUAGGUACCCUUCUCAGCAGCGGAGAAAGGUCUUCAAAUAACCGAAAUCAUUGCGUUUCCAUCCUUCGUACACUUCCCAUCCCCAACCGGGAAGGGGAGGUUAUCAUUGUAAUGCCGUAUCUACGAGCACGGUACGACCUCAAGUUCAAAGCCAUCGGUGAGGGAGUCAAGUUCUUCAAAGAAAUGCUCGAGAUGUACGGGCCAGAUAGCUUUCAUCCUCAAGAAUAA